AUGUUAAACUUCGUCACCGUUCAACACCAGCAGCAGCAACCGGUCAAGAAUCAAACCAAUAACACCGUCCACAUGAUCAAUGAUAUCGCCAAGAAAUUGGGUAGAGGGAAGAUGAGGUUUGGUUUGGUCAAUGUAGACCGCGACUAUACUCAACUAUUGCAUGGAUUAGAAGAUGUAGAACCAAUUCGGGUGAAUUUCGAUCGAGUUUCUGCUGAUCGGAAGUGGGAUGAUUUCUUCCGGGAGUGGAUUGACGAAGACGAGACAUGGGGACGGCCAAAGUGCCCUGAAAUCCCCAUGCCGAAGUUCCAGGACUACGAGAACAUUGAUGUGAUACUGGCCAAGAUUCCAUGUGGGACUAUUAGGGGUGGUGAGAAUGAAGGGGUUAGAGAUGUGUUUAGGUUACAAGUGAACUUGCCUUCAACAUGUAUCCGGCCACUGGUGGUGGCUAACAUGGUGGCAAGGCUAGGGUGGAGGGACCCUGAUUUUGGUGGUUCUCAUCGGACUGUAUACGUUGUGUUCAUCGGGUUGUGCGGACCCAUGGUGGAUUUCAGAUGUGAUGACCUACUAAUGCGUCAAGAGAAUUUUAGGGUGUAUAAGCCUGACAUUGGAAGGCUGAAGCAAAAGGUGUUAAUGCCUUUCGGGGCAUGCGAACUUGCCACUGAUGUUUGGAGAGUAAGAAUGGACAAACGCCAACCGAGACACGCCUAUGUAACAAUCUUACACUCGUCUGAAGCAUAUGUUUGUGGUGCAAUUGCUUUGGCUCAAAGCAUCAGGCAAACCAACUCCGCCAAAGACCUAGUCCUCCUCGCCGAUGAUUCCAUCACUCCCAAAUCUAUCGCCGGUUUACAAGCUGCCGGAUGGGAUGUCAGACGAAUCCAACGAAUACGAAGCGUCUUUUCCAGAAAGGGUUCAUACAAUGAGUGGAACUACAGCAAACUACGUGUGUGGCAAUUAACUGAAUACUCCAAAGUCAUUUUCAUCGAUGCAGAUCUUCUAGUCCUAGGGAACAUGGACAUGCUGUUCACAUACCCACAGUUAUAUGCCGUGUUAAACCACGAACACAUAUUCGACUCCGGCUUGAUGGUUGUAGAGCCAUCUAAUUGCAUGUUCGAAUACCUAAUGCGGGAAAGCUUCAAAAUCAAGCCUUACAAUGGUGGUGAUCAAGGUUUCCUCAAUGAAAUCUUUACGUGGUGGCAUAGACUACCUCAAUGA